AUAAACACCCUCACUCACUCAACAAAGCAUCAUUGAAUUCACACCAAUAAAUCUGUGAUAUAUUCACCACCAUCACCAACAGUCACCCUCAAAUGAGUUCAGUUCCUGAAACACUGCACUCUUCACCCUUUCUUUCUCAGUAAACAACAACACAGCACUGCAUGUUGCGCUGUCUCUGCCUCUUUCGAAGGAGAAAAAAAGCCCCUCUUGAAACUUCAGUUUCUACACAAAAAGUGCUGCCACAGAACAGAACCAAAGCAUCACAGCUUUUUCGACAACCUUGAGUCUAGACAAAGCCAAUAGUUUGCUUCUUGCAUCGGUUGUUUCUUUAUUUAUCCUUCUUUUUGUUGCCUUUCGGGGAUCCUCACAUCCAGACAAACUUGUUCACAUUCUCUUGUUAUAGUCCACAAUCUUCAUAUUACAUCACACUGAAUUUGUUUUUGUCUUUAAAAAGUACCAUUAGUUUUUAUAAGCUUGUGCUGUGUACUUUUACUCUCUCAACUCUCAAUUACUGUGUCCUUUAGCUUGUGUUUGUGUCCUUCUAUGCUAUAUUAUGCAGUAAAAAGAUUUGAGAGAUUUUUCUUACAGUAAAACACUAAAACAUUCUGUACUUCAUGAUAUGGUUUUGAAGUUCUGAGGGGACAUUUUAUUUUCCUGUGGUGGUUUGCAUCUUUUGCAAGUAUCAGAUAACACUCCUUGAUGGGGUUGGGAGUGUUUGGUUCUGUUCUGGUUUUGGCACUCUUAUUCAAGCAUUUGGCAUCUCAGCAGCCAAAUACUGAUGAGUUCUUUGUGUCUGAGUUCUUGAAGAAGAUGAUGGGUUUAGCAUCUUCCCAAGGCUACAACUUCUCUGCUUCUGUCUGUUCAUGGAAAGGGGUUUCUUGUGAUGCCAAUAGAGAACAUGUUGUUGACUUAGUCUUUUCUGGUAUGGACCUCUCUGGCACUAUACCUGAUAACACCAUAGGCAAGCUGGGAAAACUGCAAUCUUUGGAUCUUAGCCACAACAAAAUCACUGACUUGCCUUCAGAUUUUUGGAGUUUGAGCACUGUGAAGAGCCUUAACCUCUCCUCCAAUCAGAUUUCUGGCUCAUUGACUAACAACAUUGGCAACUUUGGUUUGCUAGAAAGCAUUGACUUGUCCAGCAACAAUUUCUCAGAGGAAAUUCCUGAAGCUGUUAGCUCAUUGCUGAGUCUAAGAGUCCUAAAACUUGACCAAAACAGGUUUGCACACAACAUACCUUCUGGGAUUCUCAAGUGCCAGUCUCUUGUUUCAAUUGAUGUUUCUUCAAAUCAGCUGAAUGGAACACUUCCAGAAGGUUUUGGUGCUGCUUUUCCUAAGCUUAGGGUCUUGAACCUUUCUGGGAAUAAUAUGUAUGGUCAUAUUUCAGAUAUUUCUGGGUUGAAGUCCAUUGUGAAUCUCAACAUAUCAGGGAAUUCGUUUCAGGGUUCUAUUGUGGAUUUGUUUCAGGGAAGGUUGGAGGUUCUGGACCUUAGCAGAAACCAAUUUCAAGGUCACAUUCCACAGGUACUAUACAACUUUAGUAGUUACAAUUGGUCUCAUUUAGUUUACCUGGAUUUGUCAGAGAAUAAGCUUAGUGGGGAUUUUUUUCAAAAUUUGAAUGAGUCCUUGAAUUUAAAACACAUUAAUCUUGCACACAAUAGAUUUGCCAGACAGAAAUUCCCACAAAUUGAAAUGCUCCUGAAAUUGGAAUAUCUGAACUUGUCCAAAACUAGCCUUGGUGGUGAAAUUCCUCAUGAAAUCUCACAAAUGAGUAAUUUGAGUGCACUUGAUCUUUCUAUGAAUCAUCUUAGUGGGAGAAUUCCCUUACUGAGGAAUGAACACCUCCAAGUCCUUGACCUUUCAAACAACAAUUUGACUGGAGUUGUCCCUCCAUCUGUCUUGGAGAAACUCCCAUUGAUGGAGAAGUAUAACUUCUCUUAUAAUAACCUAUCCCUUUGUGCUUCUGAAAUCAAACCUGAGAUCCUGCAAACAGCAUUCUUUGGAUCAUUGAACAGUUGUCCAAUUGCUGCAAACCCACGACUCUUCAAAAGAGACACUGGAAACAAGGGAAUGAAGCUAGCUCUGGCACUGACCUUCUCAAUGAUCUUUGUGCUUGCUGGCCUUUUGUUUCUAGCAUUUGGAUGCAGAAGGAAAACCAAAAUGUGGGAAUUCAAGCAAACUUCAUACAAAGAGGAACAAAACAUUUCUGGUCCUUUUUCAUUCCAGACUGAUUCAACAACUUGGGUGGCUGAUGUUAAGCAAGCAACAUCAGUCCCAGUAGUAAUCUUUGAGAAGCCUUUGUUGAAUAUCACAUUUGCAGACCUCUUGGCUGCAACUUCAAAUUUUGAUAGAGGCACCCUUUUGGCUGAAGGAAAAUUUGGCCCAGUCUAUAGAGGCUUUUUGCCUGGUGGCAUUCAUGUGGCAGUUAAGGUUUUGGUUGCUGGUUCUACAUUGACAGAUGAAGAGGCUGCAAGAGAGCUAGAAUUUCUUGGUAGAAUCAAGCACCCCAAUCUUGUUCCUUUAACUGGAUAUUGUGUAGCUGGGGAUCAGAGAAUUGCCAUAUAUGAUUACAUGGAGAAUGGUAACUUGCAAAACCUGCUUUAUGACUUGCCACUUGGGGUACAAAGCACAGAUGACUGGAGCACAGACACAUGGGAAGAAGCUGACAACAAUGGCAUUCAAAAUGCUGGCUCUGAAGGGCUUCUCACAUCUUGGAGAUUUCGCCACAGAAUCGCCCUUGGCACGGCUCGAGCAUUGGCAUUUUUGCAUCAUGGUUGCUCACCUCCAAUAAUCCACAGAGCUGUUAAGGCCAGUAGUGUGUAUUUGGACUAUGACUUGGAGCCAAGGUUGUCUGAUUUUGGGUUGGCCAAGAUUUUCGGAAGUGGCUUGGAUGAUCAAAUCGCGCGUGGCUCGCCUGGUUAUGUUCCACCAGAGUUUACUCAACCAGAAUUGGACACUCCAACACCAAAAUCUGAUGUGUACUGUUUUGGGGUGGUGCUCUUUGAGCUAGUGACUGGAAAGAAGCCAAUUGAAGAUGAUUACCCUGAUGAUAAAGAAGAAACUUUGGUGAGUUGGGUGAGAGGACUUGUAAGAAAGAACCAAGCUUCAAGAGCUAUCGAUCCGAAAAUUCGCGACACUGGACCAGAUGAACAAAUAGAAGAGGCUCUUAAGAUAGGUUAUCUUUGCACUGCUGACCUUCCCUUCAAACGACCAAGCAUGCAACAGAUAGUUGGACUUCUAAAGGAUAUUGAACCUACUGGCUAGUUAGUGAGCAUGAUGAGAAAGAGUCUAGGUCCUUUUUUCAAAUUUUUUUUAAUUUUCUCUUUGAUUUUUCUACUUGAGAGCUUCUCAUGCUACCUUGGAGAAAAUGUAAAGCAGUUUAUGAGUUCUUGAAUGUUGAUCUUUUUUCAAUUUUUUCCCACA